UGGCAACCUCAAGUAGCCUCAACCUGGCAAAUCAUCCUCACCGACCCCAUCGACCCCAGCAGCAUCGACAGCACCACCGAAGUCUACGACAUCGACCUCUGGAUCAACGAGGCCUCGGCUAUCGAAUCACUGCACGCCCAGAACCGCAAAGUCAUCUGCUACUUCUCAGCAGGUAGCUACGAGAACUACCGCCCGGACAAAGCCGACUUCGCGUCCUCCGACCUCGGCAACAUGCUGGACGGGUGGCCCGACGAGAAAUGGCUGGACAUCCGCUCCGCUAACGUGCGCCGCGUGCUGGCCGCGCGCCUCGACCUGGCUAGGCAGAAGGGCUGCGACGGCGUCGACCCGGAUAACGUGGACGGGUAUGACAACGACAACGGGCUGGGGCUGACGGCCGCUGACGCGGUGAGUUUCAUCGGGUGGUUGGCGAGCGAGGCGCACGCCCGGGGCUUGAGCAUCGGCCUUAAGAACGCGGGGAGUAUAAUCGCGGAUGUGAUCGGCCAGAUGCAGUGGUGCGUGAAUGAGCAGUGCGCGGAGAUGGAUGAGUGUCAGGUUUAUGCACCGUUUGUGCAGCAGAAUAAGCCAGUCUUUCAUAUCGAGUAUCCCAAGGCGGAGGUGGUCAGUCAGGUUAAGGUCGCCAUGGAGCAGAAGAAUAAGGCGUGUGAGUUCAAGGAUGCGGGGUUGUUUUCGACGGUGAUUAAGAAUAUUAACCUUGAUGCCUGGGUGGAGGUUUGCUAG